GUGGGAGUGGGCUGUGGCUGCUCUCUGUCCGAGCCUCACGACCUUGAAAGUGGGCGGUGGCCUGUCGCUUGUCGCAGCGACGGGGAAGUGUUCAUUGAGGAGGCAGCGAGAGGAAGGGGAGAAUCGUGCAAGAGACUUUGAAAAGGAACUAUGGAACAACCAAAACAAGUUCGGAUACUGUACCUAAAUGAAUGGGACAGGUUUGAAAGGACGCUUUUCCGUCUCAAACAAGGAUAUGAAUUGCAGUUUCGCCUUGGUCCAUCUUUAAGAGGGAAGGAAGUUAAUGUCCACGUCAACUAUCCAGUUGCUUCAGAAAGUUUUGACCGUCAUCACUUUCAGACAUUGCAGUGGCAGAAUACAAAAGGAGGCGAUGACUCUGAUGAAUACUGUGCGAUUAUUUUGCAGAUGUCUGGAUCUUUUCAGUUUCAUUAUGGGAAUAGAAAUAAUCAAAGGAUUGGUGCAGGGUUUAUAGUUGUGGACCCUAUUCUACGUGUUGGACAUGACAAUCAAAUCCUGCCACUGGAUUGCAUUUGUGCCCAGACAUUCUUAUCCAAAUGUUUGGGACAGUUGGAUGAAUGGGAGGCCCGGUUGAAUGUUGCUAGGCAUUCAGGCUAUAAUAUGAUACACUUUACUCCAUUACAAACUCUUGGACUGUCCAGAUCAUGCUAUUCCUUAGCAGACCAGUUGGAACUAAACCCUGAUUUUUCUCGGCCUCAAAAAAUUCACACUUGGAAUGAUGUUGCGAGGCUAGUGGAGAAGUUGAAAAAGGAGUGGAACAUGCUCUGCAUAACAGAUGUGGUCUACAACCAUACAGCUGCCAACAGUGGCUGGCUGAAGAAACACCCAGAAUGUUCCUACAACAUCUUAAACUCCCCUCAUCUGAAACCAGCCUGGCUUUUAGAUCGAGCCUUGUGGCAUUUUACUUGUGAUGUGGCCAAAGGGAAAUAUCAGGAUAGAGGACUGCCUGCUCGAAUUGAAACUGGAGACCAACUUAAUAAUCUUCGCACAAUCAUGUGGGAGGACAUCUUUCCUAAACUACGGCUUUGGGAAUUCUAUCAAGUUAAUGUAGACAAACUUGUGUCUGACUUCCAGGAUGCACUACAAUAUGGUGAGAAGAAAAAAUGUGACACCAAGCAGCCUCUUAAGGUUAUUCAGGAUCCUGAAUUUAAGAGAUUUGGGUGUGCUAUUAACAUAAGCACAUUACUGAAGCUGUUUGUGCCUCAUGGUAACAGUCCUAAAGAAAUAGAAGAAUGCUGUAACUGGGUCCGUCAAAAACUGGAAGAGUUAAACCUGGAACGUUAUCAGGAAAUACAUUGGCAUCAGGAGCAGGCUGUGAACUGCAUUUUGGGGACUGUAAGUUAUGAACGCCUGGCAGACUAUGGCCCUAAACUUGGACCUGUAACAUUAAAAAAUCCUCUAGUGACAAGAUACUUCACUUACGACUUUGAAGAGAUGUCUUUGGCACAGGAGGAGCCAAUGAUGUAUCAACCAGAAAAGGCAGUGUACUUUAUGGCCCAUAAUGGCUGGGUGAUGGGUGAUGACCCUCUAAGGAACUUUGCUGAGCCAGGUUCGAAUGUUUACCUGAGAAGAGAAUUGAUUUGCUGGGGUGAUAGUGUUAAACUUCGAUAUGGAAAAAAACCAGAAGACUGCCCUUAUCUUUGGGCACACAUGCAGAAGUAUACAGAAAUUACAGCCAAAAUCUUCUAUGGGGUGCGCUUAGACAACUGUCAUUCAACACCUAUUCGUGUCGCUGAGUACAUGCUGGACACUGCCAGAAGAAUACGGCCAAAUCUGUAUGUAGUAGCAGAACUGUUCACUGGAAGUGAGGAGAUGGAUAAUGUCUUUGUGACCAAACUGGGCAUAAGUUCCUUAAUUCGAGAGGCAAUGAGUGCUGGUGACAGCCACGAAGAGGGGAGACUGGUCUACCGGUUUGGAGGACUACCUGUUGGAUCUUUUGCUCAGCCAUCUGUGAAGCCUUUAAUACCCAAAAUUGCUCAUGCUUUGUUUAUGGAUGUUACCCAUGAUAAUGAGUCCUUGAUUGAGCAUCGUUCUGUUUAUGAUCCUCUUCCCAGUUCAACUAUUGUUUCUAUGGCAUGCUGUGCCUCAGGAAGCACAAUGGGUUACGAUUACCUGGUACCCCAUCAGAUAUCUGUAGUUUCAGAGGAGAGGCUAUACCCCACAUAUAAUCCUAAUGCACGUCCAGAAUAUCUAGGGGAAGUAAAUCAGCAGAGUGGAAUCAUUGCAGGAAAGUUCGCAAUUAACAAACUUCACCGUGAACUUGGAGCUAAUUCCUUCUAUCAGGUGUAUGUGGAUCAGUUGGAUGAAGACACAGUGGCAGUUACACGACAUUGCCCAAGUAACCACAACUCAGUAGUGGCUGUGUCACGUACUGCAUUUAGAAAUCCAGAUACAUCUUACUAUAAGACUGACCUGUCUCCAAUGUACAUCCCAGGUAAAAUAACUGAAAUUGUAAUGGAAGCCAGGACGGUGCAGAGACAGACUGAUGAUUACAGAAGAGAUAAAUAUUUCAUUAAUGGAUUACCUCGAUAUACAGUGAAUAUCAAAGAACAUAUUCAGUUAAGUGACAGCACCAUUGUUAAGACAGAGGUAACUUCUAAAGAUCGCAGCGAGUAUGUGUACAAAAUCAACUUUGAAAACUUUCCUCCUGGAAGCAUCAUUAUCUUUCGAGUGACCCUUGAUGCAAAGGCCCAGGAAACAGUUGGACUUCUUCGCCAUCAUCUUGCUCAAUUUAGCCCUCAUUAUAAAGUUGGCAGUAUUGCUGACGAUGCUCCUGUAACAAUACUGACUCAACCAUUUAAAUCCGUUGCCUCUGAUAUUACACUGGCUGAUCUUAAUCUGCUGCUUUACCGAUGUGACUUUGAGGAACAGGAGGACGGGGGUGGCUGCUAUGGUAUUCCACAUAUUGGACCCUUGAAGUAUGCAGGCUUGCAAGGGUUUAUAUCAGUACUUGCGAAUAUUAGACCUACGAAUGACCUUGGACAUCCUUUAUGUGAAAACCUGAGGGCUGGAGACUGGAUGAUGGACUAUAUUUCUAAUCGUUUGAUUGCACGUGGAGGCAAACUUGAAGAGAUUGGUAAGUGGUUUGAAGCAAUGUUUGCUUUCGUCAAAAACCUACCUCGCUACCUUAUCCCGUGCUACUUUGAUGCAAUCCUUGUUUGGGCAUACAAAACUCUUGUGGACAUAACAUUGAAUCAAAUGUCAAGUUUUGUGCAGAAUGGCUCAUCAUUUGUGAAGCAACUUGCUCUGAGCUCACUGCAGAUGUGUGGAGUGGGAAGGUUUCCUGCUCUUCCAAAACUGUCUGAAUGCAUAGAAGGUGUUCCGACUAGACAUAAUUACAUUACUGGUGAGAUCGAGCAGUGCUGUGUUUCGUUAGCAGCAGGGUUACCACACUUUUCUGCUGGAUUAUUCCGUUGUUGGGGUAGAGAUACUUUCAUUUCUCUCCGAGGUCUAAUGCUGGUAACGGGACGCUACGUAGAGGCCAGGAAUAUAAUCCUUGCAUUUGCCACUACUCUGCGGCAUGGACUAAUUCCAAAUCUACUUGGUCAUGGAAUAUGUGCUCGAUACAAUUGUAGAGAUGCUGUCUGGUGGUGGCUGCAAUGUAUUCAGGAUUACUGUUUGAAGGUUGAGAAUGGAUUGAAAAUUCUCAAAUGUCCUAUAUCUCGACUAUAUCCUACUGACCAGUCUCCAGCUCUUGACCUAGGCACUGUGGAACAGCCACUGUAUGAUGUCAUUCAAGAGGUCAUGCAGCGUCAUAUGGAAGGUGUACAGUUCAGAGAAAGAAAUGCUGGACCUCACAUGGAUUCACACAUGAAAGAUGAAGGUUUCAAUGUAGCUAUAGGAGUGAACCAAGAAACAGGGUUUGUCUUUGGAGGGCAGCGAUACAAUUGUGGAACCUGGAUGGACAAAAUGGGGGAGAGUGAAAUAGCUCAAAACAAAGGAAUUCCAGCUACACCAAGAGAUGGAUCUGCUGUUGAAAUAGUUGGCCUCAGUAAAUCAACUGUUCGCUGGUUGAUGGAACUGAAUAAAAAAUCCCUGUUCCCUUACAAUGGAGUGAAGGCAUAUAAAGAUGGAAAAGAAAUAUUUAUAACGUAUGAGGAGUGGAAUGAGAAAAUAAUGGAGAACUUUGAAAAGAAUUUCUAUGUUUCUGAAGAUCCAGAUGAUCCCAAUGAAAAGUUUCCCAACUUAGUCCACAAAAGGCACAUUUAUAAAGACAGCUUUGGUGCUUCCAGUCCAUGGUGUGACUAUCAACUAAGACCAAACUUUCCUAUAGCUAUGGUUGUGGCCCCUGAGCUUUUUAACCCAGAAAAAGCAUGGAAAGCUUUAACUGUUGUAGAGGAGAAGCUGCUUGGACCCCUGGGAUUGAAAACAUUAGAUCCAGAUGACCAAGUUUACUGUGGUGUAUAUGAUAACUCUUUCGACAAUGGCAACUUCAAUGUAUCAAGAGGUUAUAACUACCACCAAGGACCGGAAUGGCUGUGGCCUCUUGGUUAUUUCCUACGUGCAAAGUUGCAAUUUUCAAAAAUGAUCGACAAGAAUUUGUCUGAAGAUACACAAUAUUUCGUGAAAAAUGUUCUUUCUCGUCAUUAUGAUUACUUGGAAAAAUCUGCCUGGAAAGGUCUUCCAGAGCUUACAAAUGAAAAUGGGACAUACUGUCCAUUUAGCUGUGAAACCCAAGCCUGGUCACUAGCUACCAUCCUAGAAGUACUGUAUGAGCUGUGAAGUGUAGUAUCUUCGCUUUUGACAAUUGCAAUACAUGAGUGAAAGUUGUUCUUUUUGUGUCCCUCCAUAGUAUUAAAUACCAUUUGCCAUUUAACUGUACAGUUUUUGUGAUCCAAUUAAAAACAUUAGAUCACAUCAAUGAGACAGGACAAUUGUGACAUGAAGUUUUAUGCAAUCUCAUAUUUUAUUGUUCUUAAGUGAUUAAUAUAAAAUAAGUGUUUUAAAUUCAUGAUGUAAUGUGGCUGUGAGAUUAACUGAUGUGAGUUUAUCUGCUUCUUGUUUGGCUAUUAGCAGUGUUUGUACUGAUCUGAAACUUGCUGUAAAAAUGUUACGAUCCAACAAUGUAAAAGUCUGAAUUUAGAGUUUGACGUUUAAAAAGCUGAUAAAGGCUUAAAAAGAAUGCACUGUGCAAAUCACAAUUUGAACCUCAUUGUAGCUAUCACCGUUUUUGUGCUUAACAGCCAAGAUGCAUCAACAUAAAUUAAACAUUACAAAUUAAUUGGAAAGUUAGAACUUCAUAGCAAUAUUGAGGCACUUUCAAAAAUAUUUUGAAUGAUUAGCAAUAAUAAGGUAAUGUGCCAGAGAAGCAUUAUCUUGCAUACUACUGUACUCAAGCUUAUUUUAAGCCAAAUAGAAUGAGAGUUAUAAGGACUUGCAUGAUAUUUGCACAUGUAGAACUGGAUUAUUAAAUUUUAAUAUUUGUGUUUAAUCGAGUGGCAACUGGGUGUGUGAUAAAUUCAAUGUUUUGAUGGUACUGUUCAUCUUAACCUCAUUGUAUUGAGAUCGUGAUAGACUGUAGGUACAUAACCAUACUAUAUAUGCAUGUAUUUUUGUAUCCAAUUAAGGUAGAAAAUCAAAAAACACACCAAUGUCUGUGAUUAUCUGUAGCUAAUUUCAGUAAUUCCAAGAAUGUCAACAAAUGAGAUAGCAGAGUUAUCUUCAGUUUCUGAAAGCUGCCGGAAGAGAUGUUCCAUGCUGUCCAUCUAAAGUACUGUUGUCAAAACCAGGUAACAUAUUAAAGUAUGUUAAUAUGUUACUGUGUGCACAGUCUCGGUUUGCUUCUUGAAUUAAUAAGUACUUGUACUGGACCAGGCAAAGAAUGGCAGUUUGACUGUUUGGAGGAUAAGAUCACAGUGCAAAUACCUCAAGCAACUUUUCUGUCUUCAUUCCUAAGUAUAGCAUAUGAUGUACAUUAUUCAGUAAAACCCUCCAAUUAAUGAAGAAAUUAGCCAAACAAUUGUUUGAAAAUGGUGCCACUUUUUAUCUAUAAUUUGGGAAGAUUCUCUGCACCUUUUUUUGUAUUGAGAGGAAGGUUGGCUAGAAACUGAACAGCAUAUGACAUUGUCUGCAGAUAUAAGCGAAUAUUAAAAACUCAUUCAGACUACAAGUUUUGUGCCUGUAUGGUUUUUU